GCCUAGAGCUGAAGGCAAAUGCUCAACUGCUGAGCCACCCAGAUGUUCCUAGGUUUCCAUUUCUGAAGGACAUUUAUUCCAGAUACAAUGUUUCUGGUUGAUUUUUUUUUUUUUUUUUCCAGUAAAGAUAGCCCCUGCAUUUCUUUGUGUGAAGUUCUGCUGAAAGACCAUUUAUAUUCUUAGAGGAGGUCUUUUACACAGGAGGAAUUACUUUUUUCAUGCUACUUCAAAGCUGUGUUCAUUUGUGAUUUUUGGUAAAUUGAUUAUAAUGUAUUGAUGUGUUUAUUUCUUGACCUCUAUCCUCCUCAGAAUUCACUGAGCUUCUUGAACAUGUCUUCAUAAGUCCUUUAGACCCGGUCCUUUUUCAUGUAUUUUUUGCUCUCCUCAGUGGAUAAUUUAAAAUGAGGAAGCUUUAGCUUGUCUAGGUCUUCCUUCUGCUUGAUCAAGUCAGUUGCUGACCCUUUAGAGUACUUUAAAAUACACUUUGUAUUUUUCAGCUCCUAAUUUCUGUUCAAUUGUUUUUUAUACUUUCUGUCUCUUGGGAUUUUUAUUUUGAUCAUACAUACUUUAUUGGAUAUCAUUUAGUUACCUGUUUUCUCUUGCUUCAGGUAUAUCUUUAUGUUAGUUUGUAUCCUUUGUCAGGUAAUUUAUAGUUCUUUAUUAAUUUAGGGCCAGUUUUGGAAUUUUCUUUUGUUCCUCUAAUUGGAACACAUUUUUCUGUUCACUCAUAUGCCUUGUGAUCUUUUGGUGAUGUUUGGGAAUUUGAAAACCAGUCCUGAACUCAGGAUUUAUGCACUUGCUUUUAUGGAGAACACAAAUAACAGCUAUCUGUGCUAUAAUUGUGGGGUCUAUCAAACAUUCUUAGGGGUGUGUUAUGUGUGAGUAUUUCUACUUUCACAGUUAAAUUAUUGCUGCUUGUUUCGUGUUAAUUGAGGAAUACUCAAAUAGCACUAAUGAUAUAUUCUUCUCAAUGUUCUUCACCCCUGCAGUCUCUAGUUUUUGAGCAAGUACUUACCUCUUCUGUGAGUCAUCACCACAAUGCGUCAAGUAGGUGUUCCCAUUCCCUCAGCCCUUCAUGUCAUGCAUCAAAGAAAGAAGUCCCCAGGAAGAUCAAAGAAGCCAAAUUACUGCCCACAAAGUUCCCUCAUAUCUUUCUCUCCUGAGCAGAGUCAAGUUUUCUCACUGUCUUACCACGGAGUGACAGAUAGGAUGAGCAACUAUUGUGGGCAAGAUCUUGCUGUCUCUAGUUUGAAUCUGGUCAACCUCGUUGGAAAAGUAAAGAGCCCUGGCACAUGAAGAGAAAGGAGAUCAUAGUCGCACACCCAGCUGUGAUUUCUCCAUGAAUCUCUUCUGAGAAAGAAAUCUAGAGGACAAAGUGAAAGAAGAAGAAAUGGCCAGUUCUCAGGGACUGCUGACAUUCAGGGAUGUGGCCAUAGAAUUCUCUCAGGAGGAGUGGGAAUGCCUGAACCACACUCAGCGGGAACUGUACAGGGAUGUGAUGUUAGAGAACUACGGACACCUCCUCUUCUUGGGUCUUGUGUGGAAGCCAGACUUCGUCAUUUUCUUGGUGGAAGAGAAGCAGCUCUGGGAUGUGAAGAGAAAGGAGACAGUACCCUUCCAUCCAGCUGUAUCUUCAAAAGGCACCCAGAGUUUCCUGCCAAAGCUGUGCAUAGAAGCUUCUUUGCAAAACGUGGCAGUGGGUAGAUAUAAACAUAGUGCCCUUGAGGAUAUACAAUUAAUGAUAGACUGGAAAAAUGAUGGGGAGAGUAAAGGGCAUCAAAGAUGUCAUGAAGGUUAUAAAACAUUUUGGAAAACAUCCCUUCUUAAGUCUGCUUCUUCUGCAAAGCAAUGUGUUUCUAUAAGCAAGGGCUCAAAUCAAAUGGUAAAACAUACAUAUUUGCAGAAUGAAAAGUUGGAAAAUCUGGAAAGUUACCUAGUCCAUGCUAAAAAUAAUCAUUUGAACCAUCCUGAAAGUAGGAUUGGAUUGACCUUUGAGUCAAAUAUUUCUGAAAAUCAGAGAUUUAAAAAUGAAGAACAAAGUGCUAAGUGGGAUCCAUUUGAGAAGUCUUUCACAGAGGAGUUGACUCUACAAAAUUAUCAGAAUAUAUUCAAUGAAAACAGAAUUGCUCAAUGUAGUGAAUCUGACAAAAAAUUUAACCAGGGUACAAAUGUAAAUAAACAUGUGAGGAUUCAUUUUCCAGAGAACCAUUAUGAUGGUGAUAAAUGUGAGGAAGUUUGUUAUCAAAGCUCCAAACUUAUUAUACAUAAGAGUAGCCCUGUGGGAGAGAAUCUUUAUAAACAUAAUGAAUGUGGGAAAUCUGGUAACCAGUUCUUCAGUGUUGGUGAUUAUCAGAGAAUUCACAUGGAAAAAAACUCAUACAGAUGUUAUAAACAUGAGAACAUGUUUAGUCAAGAAUCAGGACUAAAUAUAUAUAACACAGUUGGUACUGGACAGGAAACUUCUAUUUCUAAGGAAUGUGGCAAAGCCUCUGACUGGCACUCAUCACUAUCUCAACAACAGCCAAUGCAUACUAGAGAAAAACCUUACAAAUGUAAAGAAUAUAGCAAGGUCUUUAUUCACCACUCAUAUCUUACUCAACAUCACAAAAUUCACAGUGGUGAAAAACCUUACCAAUGUGAAGAAUGUGGCAAGGCCUUUAACCAGCGCUCAGCACUUAUUAGACAUCAAAGAAUUCACACUGGAGAGAAACCUUAUCAAUGUGAAGAAUGUGGCAAGGCCUUUAACCAGUACUCAAACCUUAUUCAACAUCACAGAAUUCAUACUGGAGAGAGACAUUACCAAUGUGAAGAAUGUGGCAAGGCCUUUAACCAGCAGUCAAACCUUACUCAACAUCAUAGAAUUCACAGUGGUGAAAAACCUUACCAAUGUAAAGAAUGUGGCCAGGCCUUUAACCAGCAUGCAAACCUUACUCGACAUCACAGAAUUCACACUGGAGAGAAACCUUACAUAUGUAAAGAAUGUGGCAAGGCCUUUAACCGGCAUUCAUACCUUAUUCGACAUCACAGAAUUCACACUGGAGAGAAACCUUACAAAUGUGAAGAAUGUGGCAAGGCCUUUAGCCAGCAAUCAAAGCUUCCUGAACAUCACAGAAUUCAUACUGGAGAGAAACCUUUCAUAUGCGAAGCAUGUGGCAAGGCUUUUAAACGGCGCUCACACCUGACUCAACAUCAUAGAAUUCAUAUUUGAGAGAAAACUUAGACAUGUAAAGAAUAUGUCCAUACCUUUAUGCAGCACUCACACUGAGUCAACAUCACAGAAUUCAUACUUGAGGAAAACCUUACCAAAGUAAAAAAUGUGGGAAGGCUUUUAAUUGCUGUUCAACCUUUACUUAUUAGCACAAAUUUCAUGGUGGAGCAAACCUUAUGAAUUUAAAGAAUAUAAGAAAACUUUUAAGGACUACUAACCCUUACUCUACAUCAGAGAAUUCAUAUUGGAGAGUAACCAUAAAAUUGUUAAGAAUGUGGUAAGGCCUUUAAGCAGUGUUAAACCCUGAUUCCUCAUCAGAGAAUAUAUGCUAGAGAGGAUUUUGCAAAUAUGAAGAAUUUGGCGGGAUCCCUGGGUGGCCCAGCGGUUUGGCGCCUGCCUUUGGCACAGGGCGCGAUCCUGGAGACCUGGGAUCGAGUCCCACAUCGGGCUCCCGGUGCAUGGAGCCUGCUUCUCCCUCUGCCUGUGUCUCUGCCUCUCUCUCUCUUUCUCUCUGUGACUAUCAUAAAUAAAUAAAAGUUAAAAAAAUUAAAAAAAAAAAAAAGAAUUUGGCAAGGUCUUUAAUAAGAGGCCAAGCCUCAUUCAACAUCACAAAAUUUAUACUGGGAAAAAACUUAUAAAGAAUAUGGGAAAACUUUUAAACUUCUCAACCCUUUUCAGCAUCUUAGAAUUUAUUUAUUUAUUUUUUUUUCAUCUUAGAAUUUAUAUUGAGGAGGAACAUUACAAUGUAGAGUAUUACAAGCCUCUAGUUGGAACUGAUAACUUACUCAAUAUCAUAGCUAUCAUACAGGAUGGAAACUGUAAAAUGAAGGGAAUGUUGUAGUGCUUUUAAUUGGAAUUCGGUCCUUACUAAAUACCACAAAAUGCACACUAGAUUCAAACCCUAGAGACAUAACAAAUAAGGAAAGACUGUUAUUUUAAAUAUGUACUUCAGCAAACACCUGAGUGCAUAAAGGAAAUAGCUUUAAAGAUGUAAAUAUUUAGAAAUGUAUGUAAGUGAACAUCAAAUGUCAAUAAAUAUCACAGAAAUCAAGUAGAAAGCAGUACAUGAGUCCAUCUGUUCAGAUAUUACAUAAAAAUACUCAUAAGGAAUAAUAACAAAGUUAAAAUGUUAGAAAAUGUAUAUGCUAUUAUGCUUGAAAAGAUUUAGUGGAUGGAGUUUUUUAUAUAAGUAUAAUUAAUAUCCAUAUAUCCUUUUUUUUUCCUUGAUCCUACCUGGGAUUUGUGACUUGCAAAUAUUAAUGUAUUUCUACUCUCAAAUCAUUUCAGAAAAUUCAUUUAUUCUUAGUGUGUGAAAGUAUGUGUCUGAUUGUUGCUGUAUGAAACAUGAGAUGCCCUGUUUCAUUAGGUGGGACUCAUGUGUAUCUAGUUUUCCAUGGAAGAGGAAGGGCAAUAUAAUAUGCAGUAUUUGAAGAAAAUCUAAAUAGAGAUGCUGUUUGUGUUAUAAUAUUAAUGUCAGUUAUAAUGAAAGAGGUGUUCAGAACAUCAUUCUCCAUGUAUUAAAACUAAGAAUUUCCUGCAUAUUAUAAAUAAAAUAUUUUACCAAAAUAAAAUAAAAUAAAAUAAAAUAAAAUAAAAUAAAAUAUUUUACCAGCUGAUAUUUGAGGAAAAACAGAUGGCAGUCCAGUAAAAUACUGAUGUGUCCUCAUAAUAGGUGUAGUUAGAAGUAGAGGAUGUCACUUGAUGUGCUUGAAAUGAAGAAGUCCUUAAAGAUAUCAAAAGAGAUUACUCUUUCCUAAAAUAGCAAAGGAUUAGACAUAUACAAUUUUUAAGAAUUAUGUCAUGCCUGAAAACUAUGGAAAUCACUACUCCCACGUCAUGAUAUCAGCACCCAAAUGCUUUUUAACGCUUGUAUUCUGUAUUUCCAAAAAGGAUUACAAAGUGCAUUUGAAAUGCACAACUUAGUCUAUGUGUGAUUUUAAUAUAUUUUAAUUAAUAAAACAUAAUGAUUUUUAAUGUAUUACCACGAAUGAGUAAUGAAUGAAGUGUUAUCCCACCACCGAUGUAAACCUAUCUCAUUUUAUAGAAGGUUGUAUGUAAUCCAUUUUAUCUAUCACCUAUUUGGUAAUGGAGUGGAAUAAUAUACCUAGGAAUCCAUUUUCUCAGUGGCCUUAAAUUUUAAGUAAUGUGUGAUUAUUUUUCCCCUAAUUUAUCUAUCAUCAUUUUCUCUUCCUAGGAAGUGGUGGGACGUUGUAAUGGACAUAUUACAAAUUAUAUGGGGGUCAUAUUGACUGAUUAGUUCAAGUACUCCAUAUUAAUGCUACUUGGGAUAUAGUUUGUGUAGGCAGUACUUUUGCAGGGGCCUUGAACUGACAGCAGCCCUUCUCACUAGUGCAUUCCCUACACAACACGCAGCAGUCACCAGUUAAUGUAAUUUCUGUUCACAUCCUCAGUCCACCUUUGUGAGCAACCAUAUCCCCUUUCUACCAUGACUCUCCCUUAUAUGUCCUUUAAAGAAGACUCCCACAGUGCUUACCUAAAUCUGUUUUGUUUUGUUUUGUUUGAUUUAUUUAUUUAUUUAUUUAUUUAUUUAUUUAUAGAUUUUAUUUAUAGAUUUUAU